AUGGACGGCCACGGCGCAAAGCUUCUAACAAUUUCGGGAGGUGAGCGCGAAAAGAACCACGCAAAACAACUAAUACAAAACGUCCUCGACCGUGCAAGCAUGCGGAAUAGGAACGCAGAUUACCCGCCAGUCCAUGAUCCCCCGCAAUGGGGAAUGCAUCAGCGCCACGUGCCCCCGCAGCUCCCCGCGGGUAUCGUCCCCCACUGGUACCUAAUGCCUUUUGAUGUGCGCGGACAGGUCCCGGAUUUUCGCUACGGGUCUCAAGGGGGUUGGAUGCAUCCCAUGCAAAUGCAGCAUCCAGCCCAGCCCCUGCCACAUGGAGUCGUCGCGCCGCAGGGGAUGAUUCCGCAGAGUCCGUCGCGACAGCCGCAACCACCAGGCCCGCCGCCCACCCAAGCGCAGCACGACCAACAUCAAAGACAACGGCAGCAGCAGCAGCAGCAACAGCAGCAACAGCAGCAGCAACAACAACAACAACAACAGCAACAACACCUUCACCAACUUCAACAACAACAUGUACAGCAUCACCACCGGCAAAUACAGGCCCAGCUCCAACACCACGACCCAUCGCAGCAACAACAACACCAAACAACUCGAUCACAACACCCUCAACUACCGCCGCAGCAAAUAGCGACGGGAGCCGUCAUGCAAGGGGCACAAGUGCCCCCUCACAUGGCCCCAAUGUUUUCUCCAUCUGGCCCUGUGCCAUGGAACCCACAACUAUCAUAUCCAUUGCACCCGAUGCAAAUGCCGUAUGAUCAAAGCGCCAUGAUGCCACCGAUGGUUACUAAAGCAGUAUCCGUACCUUCCUCUUGCGUGGGUAUCGUUAUUGGACGGAAUGGGGAGACGAUUCGAGAUUUACAGCAGCGCUCCGGUGCCCACAUCAAGGUUACCCCGGAUGAAGAUGCGAGACAUGGUGCCACCGAGAGAGUAAUUUAUAUCACUGGGACGCCAGCGUCCCUUGAUCUAGCGCAAUCACUUGUGAAUGAUGUCAUCAACGAAGGACUCACCAGAGUAUACCGUGACGGAGUAGAGCCGCGUUCUGGCACGGAGCAACAAGAAGGCAGCAGUAGUCAAAGUCCUCAUCUCGAACGUCGGCAGGGGGGACCGGUAGAUGAAGGCAAUCCAGAACAAAGCGAAAGCACGAAAGAGGAAAGUGGGGAGGAAAGUGCGCGGGGUGCAGAUUAUGGGCAAAUUGAGUUGGAGGGGCAACCGGUUGAUUCUGCUCAGGCGGCAAAACCGCUUGAUUACACAGAUGCAGACACAUUUCCGGAACUUGCGGCGUCGGGCAGAGAUCAAAGCGCUGAAGGGUCAACUUCUCUUGCAAGAAGCGAAGCCCUGAGUGCGAGAAAUAAUGUCCCAGAGGAGGGAGACACGGGCGAGGACAUGCCUUCAGGUUGGAAUCGUACCGAACAAGAGCAGGCUUCUCCGGAAUCUCCUGACGACGACGGAUCUCGAACCGUGGAGACUUCUGCGGCUCCUUUCACCGGAGAAGGACGAGUGGUGCCACGGCCUGCGACAGACUAUCCGAGCGCAUCGAUAUCUUUUGAGAUGCAAAUUCCGCACGCAAAGGUUGGCGUAAUUAUCGGGAAGAAUGGAUCCACAAUUCGAUCAUUACAGCAAAUAUCUGGAGCGCGCAUUGUGGUGUCCAAGAGAAUGGACAGAUCAAGAGAAGACCAUCCUCGGCCGGUGACAAUAACUGGCCCAGAGGUAUUUGUGGAGACAGCACGACGACUGAUCAUACAGAAGAUUAACCCGUCCUCCGAGGACUAUACCGCAAGGGAUGACAGAGAUAAUCGGCCAGGGGCGCGAGAAGGGGAAGAUCCGACGGAUCAACCAGCGAUAGAUUCUCUUACGACGGAGUUAGGGAAUCAGUCUUUAUCAGGAGGCAGCCGUCUGCCGCCGAUGGUUCCCGGGUCGCCCGUGGCGACAUCUCCAACCAGGAUGUCUCAAACGCCACCAUAUGGCAUCUUUCAGAGAGGAAUGGCGUUUCCGGGAGCAAACCCAGGGAUGGCAUAUCCGAAUGUUGCACAGUACCCAAGUAUGCGACAGAUGGGGCGUGCAGAUUCGACGGAAUACAGGGCAGUGGAUGCGCAGACGCAUCAAGCUCCUCAGUACCCAACGUUCAUGGGCGGGGUGCGGCAAGGAUUUGGAGAACGAAUGCCAUUGGGGCCGACGACGUACCCAUUUCCGCACAGCUCGGAUAGUGGGGAUACCAUGCCUCAAAGUUUUGGAGAAUUUAGACAGGAUCAGUUCUACCCACAGGGCUUGAACAUUUUUGGAGGAUCCCUGUUCGAUGGAAGCGGUGGUGCUGGUGGGACCGUUUCGGAUACGGUAGGGUCUGUGGGCCAGGGGCAGGGGUUUCACAUGUUAGAAACGCAAGGGUUUGAUGCAGAGGCGGGGGUAUAUCCAUAUCAAGUAGGAGAAAUAGAGCAACAUGGUGGUGCAGGGCCCUCCUCGACAGCGUAG